UACACAGUCUGUGACACAGCCCCAGACUCCACCUCUCUUGCGCAGACACAUUCUCACCGGUCUGACUAUACAGCUCUCACCCUGCCCACUUCUCUCUCAGUACAAGUCUGACUUCAGCAAGGAGCGCACUGCACUCUUGGAUUACAGUCACUCAUUACAGAAGGAGUAACAGUUCACUUUCAGAGGCGCCCGGAGCCCCACAGACGACAGCAACAUGGGGAGCAGCAUGUCAUGUGUCCCUCAGCACAACUUCAGGUUCUCCAGCAAGAGUUUUAUUCGCAGAAACAGCAGCCGCCUGUUUCGCAAGAAGAAUCCCCAAGAGGGACAGGAGAAGUCCAACAGCAUCAUCAAUAUCCUGUGCACUGUCACCCCUCGGAAGGAAAUGUCCCACAAAGAUCUGCAGUCGAUAGAGAACAUAAAAUGGGAUCCCCCAUUUCCCUACGACCCAGCUAAUGGCUGGAAGAAAAGCAGCAUCAAUGUGAAGAACUACGGACGCAUGAUUCACAGCUCCAAAGUCCGUUUCCGCUUCCUCCACUGCCAGGAUGUACAUGAUUGCUACUUGGAUCUCUUCCAGACACACCUUCAUUUUGUCUCCAACAACACAACCGGUCUGACGUACCAGGGAACUCUGCCUUUGAAAGAAAUCACUAUUUUCAAACUGCAACAGAACUGCAACCACAGCCAACCCCAGGAAUUUGCUUUUCAAAUAAAUGGUGUCAGCCUUAACCCCAUCAUUGUGUACUGUGCCAACCAAGAUGAUAUGGAUCUAUGGUUUGGCCUGCUGAAAGAAAACAUUGAAGCCAAUGGUGGGACACCAAUUGCACCUGAAAACUACACUAGAGUGAAAGUAAACCAGAAAGAAGCUCCUGAGGGCAGAGAAGAGCUGAGGAACUCAAUCAACAGAGAGCCCAUCUAUGAGUGGGAGGGCUCACAGCGGGACAGCCUGGGUGCAAUUACAUAUGUCACCAAAGUUCGGCUGCAGCACCUUCCCUGUCAGGAACAAAGCGAUAGACUUCUGGUCAUGUACCCAUCAACACUGAUCAUCCUAUCAGAGGAGAACGAUGGACUCUUCUAUAAGGGAAAACUUCCUCUCAACAUGGUUACUGUGACCACGCCUUGCCAAGAUGUCAAACCCAACACGUUUAUGAUUGAAGGAAAGCUGAUCAACCCCAUAGUGGUGUCGUGUCUGGAUAGGGCAGAGUUCUGUGACUGGAUCCAGCAUUUUAAAGCUGCUGACGUGCCCGUUCUCAGCCCCCCGCCCCCUGUGUAUGAUAUCAUUUACACCCCGACGAACAGAGAGGCUCCACAGUUUGAUAGGUGGAGUGGAAACAGCCAAGGAAGAUCGGGGUCCUUUAAGUUCAGCCAGUCAACAAGUGGACAUGGAUCCCACAACAUUCAUUUACCCAUUCAUGAAGACAACCCUCUGUCCCCAGGAUACACUGAGCCCCUCUGUUACAGCUCGAGUCGUCCCUCCUCAACUGAGACUGCACGUCUGGGCAGCAGGACCAACAGCGUGUCUUCUCACACCAGGCCCGAGCGUGACCUCCGACCUUUGUCACUGCGCUACUCCUCCCCACAACGCAGCUCCUAUCUCCAGCAGCCUGCUGAGACCUCGGCGCUGUCUCAGGUCUAUAGCACACCCUACUCAGCUCUGCACCGUGCCAGCCCACAGCGGCUGGAGAAAACCCCACUUGUCAAGUCUAACAGCUGGAGCACCCCUCAGACAUCUCUGAACUACUCCCUGAACAUCCCUCAGCGCCACUCAGACAUGUGUUCCCGGCAGCCCUUGUCACCCUUGUAUGACGAGCCAUGCAGCCCCGAAAUCUACUCCAUGGAUGAAGCCAGGCCAGUGCAACCCAGCUGGCAAGAGCCCAUGCAGCAUCACUACCACCAGAGCCCCCAGUUCAUGUCGUCCCCAUUCCAGCUCAGCACACCUCCCAUGGGCAAGCGCUGCAGGAGAAGUCUGGUCUUGAUCAACUCCCAGGGUCACACUCUGGGUCUGGAGACAGAGAAUCCUCAUAGACAUUCAGAGCAGAGAGCUGAGGCCGUGUCACGUCUAAAACUGCUGCCUGUGCCCAGCCAAGUGCAAGAGCAGAUUGUUGCCCCGUCGAGCUCUGUGAGGAGCAACUCUCAGAAACUCUACAGUUACUCACCAGAUCACCACUCGUACCUCGAACACACAGAACCAGAUGACCAGGAAAUGGACUAUGACAACAUUUGGGGGUACGACUGUGAUGAUGGAAUGAUUGAGCCAACGUCUGGAAUUUCAACACACUGGACAGGAUUAGAUUUUGGGGCCAUGGGCCAUGGUGCCAUGGCAACCCAGCAGAGAUGGUCAUAAAGCAAAACAAAAGGCCGGCACUCGUCUGGACGUGUGCAAACAACUGAUCCCUAUCAGAAGGGUAAUAAAAGCCAACUAGCACAGCCUGUGUUACUCCUGCAAUACAGUGCGAGACAACAAAUCCCAUGAACUGCAUAGUUACAUGUUGAGUUGUCAGGCAGAGGAAUGAAAAGUGCAGGUAUGAGAAGGGCUGAUGCUCAUGUACAAGUACAUUAUGACGCUAUGAAAGUGAUAAUAGACAGACUUUGACUGUCAGUUUAAUAUGUAGCAUUCAGAGAGAAGACAGAGGAGUGUACAUACUUUGCUUUAAUGUUAUUAUUUUAUUGUAUUAAUUGCACUAAAGGUUUAAUAUGUAGUGCAAAAACCUCAUUUUUAAUAUUUAAAAUAAAAUAUUUUCUAUCUUGUUGUCAAAUGCAUUUGUUAAGUUUUUGUUGUUUUACUCCUCUUUAAAUUUGUAAAAAGCAUUCCACCAGGGCUUGUUAAAGUAAAGGAUGUAUAUUUUUGUAAAUGUUGUAAAUGUAUUAUUUUAUUAUGUUACAUUAUCAGGCAAAUAGAAGUGGUUUAAACUGACAGCCUUUAAAGGUGCUAAUAUUAGUAUCAUUACAACAGUGUACUGAUCCCUGUGUGGCUUUUUUUUUUUUUUCAUUUUUGUUUGA